AUGGUGAGCGUUUGGACCAGUCUGGCCUCGGGGACAGAACAGACAUGGAGGCUGAAGCGAGGGUUGAGAGCAAUGCUGGGAGGCGAGCAUGUGGGGGCAGGCGUUGCAGCGAGAGCUGGAUUGGCGCAGGAUCAGGAUGACGAGCGAAGCACCGGCAAUCGAGUUCGCGGUCCUAGAAAGCACUUGAAGCGUCUCGCGGCACCCUCAUCAUGGAUGCUGGACAAGCUCUCUGGCACCUAUGCCCCUCGCCCUGCGCCCGGUCCCCACAAGUUGCGCGAGUCCUUGCCUCUUGUCAUCUUGCUGCGCAACCGUUUGAAGUACGCCCUCACUGGACGUGAGGUGACCGCCAUCACGGCGCAGAGGUUGAUCAAGGUGGACAACAAGGUUAGGACUGAGCCUACUUACCCAACCGGCUUCAUGGACGUCGUUUCCAUCGAGAAGUCCGGCGAACACUUCCGCAUCCUCUACGAUGUCAAGGGAAGAUUCAUCGUUCACAGAAUCACUGCAGAGGAGGCUCAGUUCAAGCUUCUCAAGGUGAAGAAGGUACAACUCGGCGCUCGUGGUGUCCCUCACGUCGUCACCCACGACGGACGCACCCUCCGUUACCCAGACCCUCUGGUCCGCGUCAAUGACUCCAUCAAGUACGACCUCGAUGCGCAAAAGAUGGUCGAUUUCAUCAAGUUCGACACCGGUGUAAACGUCAUGGUCACUGGUGGUCGUAACCAGGGCCGUGUUGGUGUUGUUUCUGGUCGCGAGCGACACCCUGGAGGAUUCGACAGCCCCACGCGUUUUUCCAGCUUUGCCACGUCUUCGACAACCGUUUUGCCAACAUCUGCGACUCUUUCUCUCCCUAAUUUCGGGCUCGCGCAGAUCGUCCACGUCACCGACGUUCUCAACCGCUCUUUCUCCACUCGUUUGAGCAACGUCUUCGUCAUCGGCGACGGCUCCAAGCCUGCCGUCAGCCUGCCCAAGGGUGGUGGUGUUCAGCUCACCAUUGCUGAGGAGCGUGACCAGCGUCGUCGUCAGAAGGAAGCCGCUAGCGCUUAA